AUGGCAAUGCUGUUCCUGGUCUAUUUGACCAUGCUUGUGGCGGCAGGCCAGUGCGAUGCUGAGGCCAGUAUGGCAAGUUCUGCUUGCCACAACGACGGUAGUGUGGCCUUGCUUCAAUCUUCGGCCAAAGAGGUUCGACUUUCGUCAUUGCCAAGGCCAUCGGCACGAUACAGCCAUCAACAACUCAAGUGGGAGUGGGGGAAGUCAGGUGGCUUUGUGAAGUGGAAUCGGCAUAGUAUCGCUUUAGCGUUCGAUGCGAGCUUGUACAAGGCGUUCAACAGGGAUCUUGCUCCUACGUCCGGGCCUCUGAUAUUGCGAGUGGUACUUGGUAUUUUCGUGAUUUGGGCCCUCUCAAACAUCCUGGUGAUCCUCAUGCUGAUCCUCCUCGUCCCAACGGCAGCUGUAGUGCAAGCAGCUUGGUCGAUUAUGCCAAAGGGGAAGAGCAAGCAAUCGAAGAACGCAUCAAAGGAGCGGAUUGUGGCGGGUGCGGAUACGAAUUCUCCGGCACUCUGGCCACCAAGUCAGAGAAGCUCAGCGCCAUGGACAGUAACUUGCAUCUGCGUCUUGGACCUGCUCUUGAACUUGGUGCUUGUUCUGCUCUUUGCAAGUGAAAAGUUGCAGGCCCAGCAAAUCAUCUCGUUCUUGAUGCUGGAAACACUGGCUAGCUCCAUUGUCUUCUUAUUCUUCGCUAGCUGGGAUGAUCAGAGGCAUAUCAUCACGGUCUGGCAAGUUUUGCAGACUAUUCGCUUCUUCCUCGUCCGACGCACCAUCUAUGCCAACUUUGGUACCUAUGUUGCAAGCCUGCUCUUGCUUUUGGCGGUCUCAUCGGCUGGAAUCAAGGCAGAGCUUUCGGUCGAGUAUGAUGUGCGCUUGCCACCUUUUGAGCCCAAGAAGAUGGACAUCGAUCGACCAGCUUAUGGCUGGCUGGGCCCUUAUGCUCAGUGGGUGCAGUCCAACUACAUCCGCAGGCUCAUCACGGGAGUUUUCUUCACCGCCGAUGCGAUGAAGUAUGUCUUGUUCGUGUAUUUUUUCACUUAUGGGCCCGAGAACGACACGGCGCAGGUCAGUGAUGACACUUUCAAUAUGCUUGCAGCGUUUGCAAUUCUUCUUCAAUGCGCACUGCAAUUCACUCCUACGCUGGCACAUGUUCUUGCUGCUGUCAUCCAGAUGAAGACGUAUUGCGAACAAGAGCCACUCUUGAGAGCUUACAGGACGGGUCCUUGUGAAGUGUCCGCCUUGGCGAACGACCACAACCAGAAUUCCGAUCUCCAACAGCGACUUCAGAACCAUAAAUGCCGUUCCAUCACGGUCGUGGUUCCCGCAUACAUGCCCAAUGAGGAGGAUAUUUUGUUGGAUUGCUUGGAAGUCUACCGACAAGAAGCCACCAAGUAUCCAGGUACUAUGAGGGUAAUCCUUGUAUGGAACUCGCCUCAGGAGCAUACUUUCAUGGAGCAGAAGCUGAAAGAACUCGAGAAAGAGUGGCCUUCCUUUGAGGCACACCGCAACACCUUGUCAACGUCAAAAUGCGACAACUUGAACAUGGCUGUAGACUUGCUCGGAACCGAUUUUGCCCUCUUCAAUGAUGCAGAUACCAUGGUAUCUGCCGAAAGCAUGUGUCGGGCGUCACUGCGAUUGUUCGAAGAGGACCAAGACACUGUGCAAGCGCGCCUGGUGCAUUGUUGGGAAGACUUUGCCGGCAUCACAGACAAUGGCUUCUUCCUCCUUGGGGCCAUCACCACCUGCAAUGAUGCCGUCCGUCGUGAACUCAAUGAAGUCAUCUACGGGGCAAUGCAGAUGCCCUUCUGCAACGGCCGAGGGUCAUUCUGGCGAACAGAUGCCAUCAAAAAGGUCGGAUUCGAUCAUCGCACCGUUGGGGAAGAUCAUGAUGCCAUGUUCCGUGCUUGGGCCUACUAUGGCAUAAAGGGUGGUAUUGACGACAACAUCCUUUGUCAGGAGCGCGAGCCACCAGACUAUCAAAGCAUGGUAAAUCAGCGUUCUCGCUGGUACAGCGGACAAGUCCAAAAAAUACGAUGUAUGACAUGGAUGGCCCGCUCCACACACAUCUCCGCAUUCUUCAAAAUUGUCGUCCUCUACUUGGACUGGAUUGACAAACCGUUUCAGGGUUGGGCAUAUCUCGUGUUCUAUUGGACGCUCACCUACACAUUGAAAUCACGGGCGUGCGCUUUCAACCCACUAAUGGUUGUCACCAUCAUGGGCACCACCGUCACCAUCCCAAUCAUCGUUGUGAUGCUCUUUGCUGUGCCAAUGGCGGUCCAGAAAGCUGCGGCCGUUCUUGAGACACACUAUCGUCCUCGUUGGCUUGCCUGGAUCCUGGUCACUUUCAUCUCACCAUGGACUUACGGCGUAGUGAGAGAAACAAUUUGCCGGUGCCACAUGCUGCAUGAUUUCCUGUGGAGUGGGGAAGUGGAGUUCAUGUGCACUUUGAGGGACAAGACGCCCUCCCGUUCCCCGUCAGUCAUGUCGCCAGCCUCGCGUUUGUCGCCCGGCGCCUACGACUUCGGCUUUGCAGCUGAUGCUGACGGAAUCGGGAUGGAUCGAGGAUGCGAGGAUGCACAAGAGGAUGCACAAGUGGCUGAUGCCAGCUAG